UCAUCAUCUAUCUUUAAAUCUCUUGUUGCGAUUUCUUUUCUGAUUGCUGACCCACUUCUAUCAAGCCAGAAGACAGGAGUUGAUCAACUGCUUAUCAUGAUUGUCGCCGCUCCUUUCACUCGUUUCCUUGCCAUUGUGGCGUCAGCGUUGCUCUUGUUGGCCGCAUCUGCAUCAGCCGAGGGAUUCUGCUUCAAGUGUUUGUUUGAAUGCCCCAAGGAUGACGCCUACGGACCGGCCUGCAUUCGAUCUGUCAUGCCUCCGUGGCCCAUCUGCAAGUUUCGCAAUGUUGACGAUUUCGUAGAACACGCCAAGGACGGUGCAACGCGAUGCUGUGGGGAUGACCUUAGCGCAUGCAGGUGCCCCAAGAAAGAUUCUCCCAAGUUCCUAGAAAGAAUCGACGACUGGUGCAAGGGCGUGGCCAGCUGUGGUUGCCGCGAGGGAGACGAGGACUGCCCUGGAGAUAAUCUUGAAAAGUUGGUCAAUGGAGCCAUUGAAGAGACUGAGUAAAUUUUGGGAAUUUUGUCUACAAAGAAUAAUUGAUGCAUGCACAGUAUAGUUGACUUUCGUCGAGAUAACUUUACCUAGCAGCAAGAACACUCUUUCUC